AGCUCUUAGCUAUGCAAAAACCCUGGCUGCGUUGUAUUUAUUCCAAAAAAAGAUGAAAUAUAUAAAGAAUGGCAUCAGAUUAAGUAGCUUUCAUAUCCUACAACAUUAUUAAACAAAAUAUACGUACUAAAAAUGGCAAGUUUAGUAGAAGCUGAUGAGCAGAAACCAAAGAAGAUUCAGCUGUACUCAUGGUGGAAGAGCUCAAGCUCGGCGAGGGUUCGAAUCGCUCUCCACUUAAAAGGGCUUGAGUAUGAGUACAAGGAGGUGAAUGUACUCAAAGGAGAUCAGUUUAAACCUGAGUUUAUGAAGAUGAGUCCUCGAAGUUUUGUGCCCGUUUUAGUUGAUAGUGAUGUAGUUAUCUUUGAGUCCUCUGCUAUAAUAAUGUAUUUGGAAGAGAAGUAUCCUCAACCCUCUUUGUUGCCAUCCAAAGAUGAUCUUCCAAAAAGAGCUCUCAAUUAUGAGGUUGCAAAUUUGGUAGCCUCAAGUAUACAACCGUUCAUAAAUAUACAAGUGCAAAAAUACAUUGAAGACAGGCUUGGAUCCGACGAGAAGAAGGCUUGGGCUAAACAUCAUUUUAAGAUUGGAUUUACAGCCUUGGAGAAGACAUUACAAGAGCAUGCUGGAAGAUAUGCAACUGGUGAUGAAGUUGCACUUGCAGAUGUGUAUUUGGCACCGGAGAUAGAUGGUGCAAUCAAGUGGUUCGACGUUGAUCUUAACGAGUUUCCAUUGUUGAAGAGGCUGAAUGACUCUUACUAUCAGCUAAGCACGUUUCGAGAUGCUGUUAUUGUGGCACAACCCGAUGCUCUUGAUGAAAAUGAAUGAAUGAAUGAUACUAUAUGGAGCCGAGUAUCAAUUGAGAAAAUAUUACAGUAUCAUUUACAUGGUAUGAAUAAGAAGUCCAUCUAUGUAACAAAUUAAUUAGUUGUAAUAAGAAGAAGAUAACACUACAUUACUACUAUAAAGCUUUCUAGUAGUUUUCUUUUGCUAUUUGAACAAAAUGUAAACAAAUUAAACCUCCAUAUUCUAGCUUUGAACAUUAUUAUUUGGUAGUUAUCAAUUCGUAAAAAUUAUAAAAAUUAAUCUAUUAUUGAGCUCAAUUUGGACUCUUAAGAACCAGACUAGCCCCAAAACCUUUAACUGAAUAAUUUUCAACACGCAAACCGAUAAAAAAUAUUAAUAUGAACAGUGGGCCCACUAACGGAAUUUGUUAACGGCAAGAUUACUAUAAAAAAAAAUUAGAAACUAAAUGUAUUUUGGGGUUACGGUGUGGAAAUUCUAAUUAGAGGAGCAUAACGUAGAAAAGUGGAAAUUGGAGGGUUAUUAGAUAGAAAAACCCCAAAAAAAAAAAACAAAAAAAAAAAAAGUAAAAUACUACGAAUUACGUAUGAAACUGCAAAUAUAAGUGAAAGAAGAAAUUACUGAGCAGAAUUAGUGACUUCAUGGCCCAAUGGAUAAGGCGCUGGUCUACGAAACCAGAGAUUCUGGGUUCGAUCCCCAGUGAAGUCGUAUUUCAUUAUUAAGGAUUUUUUUUUUUUUUUUUUUUUAUUUUUUUUUUUGUGUGAAUAAAUCAAUGGAGAUGGGAGCAUUGGCCAUUGGGUAUUGAUCUUUUGGAGUGGUUGUUGGUUUUUCUUUCUGAAAAAGAGGACUUUUACCUUAAUUAGAAGACAAUUAUUGAUUCAAUUCAUCAUAUUUUCAUUUAAAAUAUGCAUCCAUAUAUAGGUUUAAUAGUUGUAUAACUUAAAUAAAAUAAGUUUUCAUAGAUUUAAUACUCCAAUAACUUCAAAUAAAUUCAACAAGUCAAAUAAGUUUUCAAAAAUUCAAUUCAUAAUUAGAACAAGUUUUCGGAUAAAUUUUUAAAAAAUCAAGUUAAAAGAAAAUACCUUUAUAGGAAUUACUUUGCUACUUCUUUGAUAACUUUUUAUAGGAAUUACUUCGCUACUUCUUUGAUAACUUUGAUUGACUCAUAUAGUCAUACCAUGCCAAAU